CAGAGGUCUGCAGUGAGUCAGAGAGAAACACCUCUUCAGAGCGCUCUCUGCUUUUGCAAUUGGGCUAACUUACACAUUACUCACGCUGUGUAAUUCACGUGUGCACUAUUAUCCUGCUGCCGUUGUCAGACUGGAUUAAUAGUCUUGGAUCUUCAGGGACAGAGAAAAAAUGAGUUGGAAAUGGACUUUGUUCUCCUCAGUGAUUAUGCAGCUUUAUUUCUCAUGUGUGAGAUCCCAGGGAACUGUGUAUGACCUCAUGGGAUCAUCAGAAUGUUUAGCAGACCUGUUACAAGGUGGACUCAGAGGUCGAGCGCUGAAUGAAGCGUUCGUUCUAGCCACCUUCCAGAUGAAGAGCAAAGCUCCCACACACGUUUUUAAGAUUUACAACCCCCAGGACAACAGUGAACACUUGGAUUUUGUGGUGCAGGGGAAGCUCAAUAAAGCUACACUUCGAUACCAGAAGAGCAAUGGGAAGUUAGGCCAAGUAGUCCUGGGUGACACAUCACUGGCAGAUGGGCGCACACACAACCUUAUGGUGCAGAUGACAGGCCUGCAGUCAGGCUCACCCAGGAUGGCUGUCUAUGUGGACUGCAAUUUGGUGCAGACAGUUGAUGAUCUGCCGGCAGCCUUCAAGCCGGGAGUGCCUCCUGGACAUAACAAGGUGGCAAUAAAGAAAAUGCCAUCUACCUCACAGGAUCAACUAAGGGAGCUGCAGCUGGUGAUUGAGGACACAGUUGAGAAUGUGGCCACUCUGCAAGACUGCCACUUUCCGCAGACCGAAUCUCUGCAGCUCUUGGGAAUCACCACAACGAAGAUGGAGUCUCCUGAAAUGUUAGUCCUUACUAAGAUGAUCUCAGACCUCAAAGACCUGCUCCUUCAGCAGAUGAAAGAGACAGAGUAUCUGAAAGACAGGAUCACUCAGUGCUUGCCAUGUGACGGGACUGGCCCGACACCAUCUGGCAUACAGAACCCAGACAGCGCUUGUGGCUCGCUGAGGUGCUUCGGAGGGGCCCUAUGCGUCAAGACUGCGCAAGGGGUGGAGUGCCCACCCUGUCCCGAGGGAUACACUGGGGAUGGCGUGAACUGUGAUGAUGUGGACGAGUGUCAGUUCAACCCAUGCUACCCCGGUGUGCGCUGCAUCAACACGGCGCCAGGUUUCCGCUGCGAGAGCUGCCCUCUGGGCUACACCGGUCCAGAGGUCCGCGGCGUGGGCAUCGCGUACGCGCAGGCCAACAGACAGGUGUGCAAUGACAUAGAUGAAUGCCAGACUGGCAACAAUGGAGGCUGCAAACCAAACUCUUACUGUCACAACACUAUGGGCUCAUUCCGCUGUGGGAACUGUAAGGCUGGGUACAGCGGGGACCAGGUGAGGGGUUGCUCACCUGACACAGGUGGACAGCUGACCGGCCCUGGGACCACAGGGGACCGGCGGUGUGGUAACGGCCAGCCAAACCCCUGUGACGAGAAUGCGGAGUGUAUUGUGGAGGUGGACGGAAGCAUCACUUGCCAGUGCAAAAUUGGGUGGGCUGGCAAUGGCUACUCUUGUGGCAAGGACACAGACAUUGAUGCCUACCCUGAUAAGGUCCUUCCAUGUCAAGAUGCUAACUGCAAGGAGGACAACUGUGUAUUUGUCCCCAACUCUGGACAAGAGGACGCAGACCGAGACGGGAUGGGAGAUUCGUGUGAUGAUGAUGCCGAUGAUGAUGGAAUUAUUAAUGUUGAUGAUAAUUGCUGGCUGAAACCAAACAAAGACCAGAGAAACAGUGACAAAGAUCUUCACGGGGAUGCGUGUGACAACUGCCGUCUGAUCGACAAUCCUGACCAGCGUGACACAGACAGUGACGGCCUUGGGGACUCAUGUGACGAUGACAUGGAUGGAGACGGGCUGAAAAACAUUCUGGAUAAUUGCCCAAGGGUGCCUAAUGUUGACCAGUUGGACAAGGACAAUGACGGUGUCGGUGAUGCUUGUGACAGCUGUCCAGAUGUACCAAACCCUAACCAGUCCGACAUUGAUGACGAUCUUGUUGGAGACUCGUGUGAUACAAAUAUAGACAGCGAUGGAGAUGGCCACCAGAACACCAAAGACAAUUGCCCCGACGUCAUAAACAGCUCUCAGCUGGACACGGACAAGGACGGCCUGGGAGACGAAUGCGAUGAUGAUGACGACAAUGAUGGCGUUCCUGAUACCACAGACAACUGCAGACUUGUGCCAAACCCAGACCAGAAGAACACAAACGGUGGCCAGUAUGGCGAUGCCUGUGAUGGUGACCUUGACCACGACAAGGUGAUCGACCGCAUAGACAGCUGCCCCGAGAACGCCGAGAUUACUAUGACAGACUUCCGGGCGUACCAGACAGUGGUGCUAGACCCAGAGGGUGACGCUCAGAUCGACCCCAACUGGGUCGUCCUCAACCAGGGAAUGGAGAUUGUUCAGACAAUGAACAGUGAUCCUGGGCUUGCUGUGGGAUACACUGCCUUUAAUGGUGUUGACUUUGAGGGGACUUUCCAUGUGAACACGGUGACUGAUGAUGACUAUGCUGGCUUCAUCUUCGGCUACCAGGACUCGUCCAGCUUUUACGUGGUGAUGUGGAAGCAGACGGAGCAGACCUACUGGCAGGCAGUGCCCUUCAGAGCCGUGGCCGAGCCUGGCAUCCAGCUCAAGGCGGUGAAGUCAAAGUCGGGCCCUGGCGAGUACCUGAGGAACUCCCUGUGGCACACUGGCGACACCACGGACCAGGUGCGUCUGCUGUGGAAGGACCCGCGCAACGUGGGCUGGAAGGACAAGGUCUCCUACCGCUGGGUCCUGCAGCACCGACCUCAGGUCGGCUACAUCAGGGUGCGUUUCUUUGAGGGCCCGACGCUGGUGGCAGACUCUGGAGUGGUCAUCGACACCAGCAUGAGAGGUGGCCGACUCGGUGUGUUUUGCUUCUCCCAAGAAAACAUUAUCUGGUCCAAUCUGAUGUAUCGUUGCAAUGACACCAUUCCAGCUGAUUUCCAAGAAUACAACACGCAACUCUUGGGCAACACAAGCCAGUAAUCAAAGAGGAGAAUGUAAUGACAGAAUAACAAAAUGGAAAGAAUGUCAGAGAUCAUUAGUGUGGAAAGGAAAAACAGCAUGAAAGCUCUAUUCUGAUCAUUAGAACUCAGCUUCAGAAUGUCUAGCAGAGAGAGAAAGAGAGAGUUAGUGAGUGAGUGAGUGAGUGUGAGAGAGAAAGAAACAUACCGACAGCUAGAGAGAAUUACAUUACAUUAUUACUAAGCUUUGAAUAUUACUUGGACUGCGCCAAAUUGGCACGUAAACUUGUACGGUUACAUUUUUCCUCCAAGUUUAUGAUAAAUCUGAGCUCAGUUCUUUUGUCAGCAUUGUUUACCAAGAGUUGAACAGUUCUUUUUUGACUUAACAGCACAAUUCUUUAGGAUCUUGCGGAAUUGAAUUUUCAACCAUAACAGCUCAUUUUCCAAUAAAUAUAUAAAUAAAUUA